AUGGAGGCGUGCUGCACUUGCGCCAUGCUCCUGUCACAGGUCGAGCGAUAUAGCGAUUCUUCCGAGAAGCCACUCCCUCCGGAUCAUCGGCUGGAGUGCUGCCCCAGAGUCAUAUGCGGCGCCUGCAUUCGCAGCAACCCGAGGUUUAGGACAUAUUGCCCGUAUUGUCAAAUUUCUCAAACAACGAGUAGCCUCCCGCCGGGCCUCAAAGAGCCACCGUCGUAUGACGCGGUAGCCUCAACAUCUGAUCCAGCCGCCGUCGAAUCUCUAGCGCCGCCACCAUAUACGUCAUAUCCCACGAUUCACAGACCGUUUCGCAAUUCGUCCUCACCUCUCGACGAAAAGUCGGUGCCGCUGGAUGACGACGUCGCGGAGGAUACCCUGCACUUCCUCCAUCACCCCGAUGAUACAGUCUCCUCAUUAUCUUUGCGUUAUGGUGUCCCAGCGGAUGCGCUGCGGAGGGCGAAUAACCUCAAUGCAGACCAUUUAUUACUUGCGCGCCGGACAGUCAUAAUACCUGGCCAAUAUUACAAGGCAGGUAUCUCACUGUCUCCCCGUCCGGUUGAAGGUGAGGAGGAGGAGCUGCGCAAAGCCAAGAUUCGGAGGUGGAUGGUCAGCUGCAAAGUGCACGAGUACGACUUGGCGGUACUAUACUUGGAGCAGGCCGACUAUGACAUGGAUCUCGCCGUAGAAGCCUAUCUGGCAGAUGAGGAGUGGGAGCGCGCACAUCCUCUCGAAAGUACAAAGCGAGGGAAAACGGCAGCACGACCUCGUGGCGCGACGCGGGUACCAGGCUUCACUAGACGCUAG